GCAAUUUUUGAAAAUUUUUUGGAAAAAACCUUUUCGAAAGAAAAAAUUUAAAUCAAGUUAGGGAAAUUAGUUUUGUAACCGACUUGACAUAACCUGGUUUUAACAUAACCUUACCGUUAUAACCUCGUUAUUUUAUAAUUUUGACGAAAUGGUUAAAACCCUUGAUAAGCAAAAGUUGAUUAUAAAAGAUGCUCUCACCAACGUCGAUGGAAAGCCCAACAAAAAAAUUAUUUUUCGCGAAAAUCUGGACGACUCCUCUCAGCUUAACGGUGCGAGUUCGCACCAUGAGCCUCAAAAGUCGCUUUUCGAAAGUGACGACGAAGCUGAAGACGAUUUGAGGUUUGAAUUAAAGCCUCAGUUUAGUGGCAAGAAAGGGCACCAACUUUUUGAGCUACAGACGAAAUACAAGGGUGAUAAAAGGUUUGCGUUGGACGAACGGUUUGCUGAUGCUAAUGACGAAGAGGAAAAUGUCGUAAAUGGCGAGUGCUCGCUUGAAGACGAGAAGAAACACGAGUUGAAUAUUUUAGAGCAAGUUUUGGGAACCAAAAUAAAGACGAAAGAUGUUAAGGUGCAAGAGGAUGGGUCAAAGAAAAAGCGAAUGGUGCGGUAUGAUCCCUCACAGUCAGAUCAUGUGAAAUUCCAUGUGAGUGUAACUCAAGAUGAGUCUGCUCCAAAAACCAAGAAAAAGAAAAAACUGAAAGAUGCACAGAAAGAAGAUUCCAAUAUUCAAGAGCAAGAGCAGCCAGUUGUUUCAAAAGAGAUUUUUUAUAAAGUAGAAGAUGGUUUAAAAAGUACACUUGAAGAGAAACAAGAAUUUAGCCUAUUAAAAUUGUUCGGACAGGAAGAAAAAGACGAACUAAAUAACUCGAUCGAAAAUUAUGAAACACAAACCAACAAUAAAAUACGGAAUAACGCUUUCCUGAAUGACAAUCCCUUCCAUUACGAUUCGUCAGACGAUGAACCGGAAGAACCCAAAAAUGCGGAAACUACGAAAAAACCUGAAGAAUUUGAAACAAAGGCUCAGACAAACACUGUAAGAACGUGGUUUGAACCAUUCUUCUUGAAGGAAGAUGAUUAUCGCUUGCAAGAGGGGUCCGACUUUAUCAAAAGAUUAGCUUCAGAAAACAAAUCCGAGUUUAGCCAGCAGAGAAGAGAUAUAAAGCUUAUUGUUAGGGCAAAAGUGCGAAACAAUCUAAGAAAAAAUAACCAGUUCAAGAAAAAACUUGGAGGAAAUAAACGGAAAAAGAUGAUUAGAAUAAAGAAAGCAAUGAAGAAGUAACAUUUAUAAACUUAAUUUUUUAAUAAAAUUUUUACUCGUUA